AUGGACACGACAGUCGCUCACUACAGUCCCCGCAGUGGCAAUGUGACGCCUCCUGAAAGUCCCAAGGCCUUGGUGAAAAGGGACGUCACGCUAUUCUUGCCAGACACCUUCUCGUCCUUCAUGUCCAUCGAGCCACGAAUGAACCAGCAUUAUAAGCAAGUCAAAGCUGAAGCGGAUACUUGGAUUGCCAGCGUUCUGGGGUACGACGAGAAAGCGGCCCAUCGCAACUCCAGAGCCGAUUUCACCUACCUGGUAUCGUUCUGGGCUCCCAAUGGCGAUGCUGAAGCGCUUCGGACACUGGUGGAUUGGCAACAUUGGGCAUUUCCUUGGGAUGACCAAUUCGACGAAGGCCACCUCAAAGAAAACACAGUCGCGGCAGCAGAGGAGAUCAUCCACAUGAUUUCACUGCUCGACGACUCGCAUCCUGCCAUUUCGCCCGACGAGUAUCCUAUACGGUACGCGUUCCAGGUCAACUGGUAUCGAUUCAGAGAGAGAUCAUCUCCAGAGCUACAACACCGCUACAAAAAAUGCUUGAAGCACUACAUGCUCGGUUGCUUGGGCCAAGUUGGGGCUCGAGACACCGAAAUUGCCAAACUCGGGGUGCAAGGCUACCUGAAGUUCCGAAGAGGAACCAUUGGCGCUUACCCAUGCUUCUGUCUUGUGGAAUACGCUGAAGGAAUCAAAAUCCCCCAAUCAGUCCUGGAUCAUCCUUCUAUCCAAGCCUGCCAAGAAGUGGCUGUUGACUUGGUACUCCUCGACAACGAUCUUCUUUCAUACAAGAAGGAUCUGUUGGAAGGCGAGGAGCUAAAUAUCAUCAACCUCAUCCGCGCAGAGCAGGGCAAGUCAUUGCAGGAAGCAGUUGACGUCGUCGGUGAUAUGCUCGAUGCCUGCUACAGGCGUUGGUACAGAGCGCUAGCAGACAUGCCCAUCUGGGGCGCUGAAAUUGACCGAGAAGUACUGAGAUACCUGGACGGUAUUCGCAACGUCGCGCUGGGAAGUCUUCACUGGAGCUUCCACACCGGUCGUUACUUCAAGGGUGACGAGGGCGCACUGCUGCGCAGGACGCGGGAGAUGCAGGUAACAUUAAGUGAAUGA